AUGUCACAAGAUGAACUCCGUAUCUGCCAAGCAGCCAAAGCCAAUUUUAUAUCUCUAUUAACCGAAGAAGAUGCGGUUUACGAGCAAGAUAUCCUCCGGAACCUCGGAAGCGCAACACCAUGGAUAUCAUACUUUAGUUUCAAAAUCCAACAUGGCACUGCGCAUGAACAAGCCUUUGUACUUGAGAGAGCCUGUCGCCAGCUUCCGCGCUCAUACAAGCUAUGGAAAGCCUCUGCGGACCACACAUCGGGCGCUGGUAUUGCUGAACAAAAUGCCCCGGAUAUGGGAAAUGUAUUUGAAGUUCCUCAUGCAACAGCCCAUAUUAACUUUCACGCGGCGGACAUUCGAUCGAGCACUUCGAGCCCUACCUUUAACCCAGCACAGCCGCAUCUGGGCCUUAUACCGCCCUUUGCAAAUUCAGCUGCGGGAAACACUGCAGCUAAGAUUUGGAGGAGAUAUAUGCAAAUUCGCCCAGAGGAUGCUGAAGACUUCAUUGGCCUUCUCACACAUCUCCAACGCUAUUCUGAAGCUGUCCACGUGUAUUUGGCCAUCUUAAAUAACCCUCGCUUUGUGAGCAAAUAUGGCAAAGGGGCGUACGAGCUCUGGAGUGAGAUGGUAGAUCUCUUGGUCGAACAUGCUACCCGAUUCGUAGAGUCUGAAAUCGAUGCAGAACGCCUCAUCCGCACCGGGUUAGCUCGAUUCCCUGACCAGAGGGGCAAACUAUGGUGUGGCCUUGCUGCGUACUGGGUAAGGAAAGGCUCCCUUGAUCAUGCAAGGGACAUCUUCGAAGAAGGAAUAACAACUGUCAUGACUGUGCGAGAUUUUGCUCUCAUCUUCGACUCGUAUGUGCAGUUCGAAGAGUCUGUAAUCGACAGUUUGAUGGAGUCAACGGAGCACCACCACGCCGACGCAGAUUUUGAACUUGAUCUCAGGAUCAUGCAUUUUGAUCAGCUCAUGGACCGCCGUCCUUUUCUGCUGAAUGAUCUUCACCUUCGACAAAACCCGAAUAACGUCGCAGAAUGGGAGAAACGAGCUAUUCUUUGGGGAGAUAAUGCAGCAGAAGUGAUUCGAACAUAUACAGAUGCUAUAGUUGCCAUCCAGCCAAGAAAAGCGUACGGAGCCUUCCACCAACUUUGGACAAAUUACGCCAAAUUCUACGAAAAGGGAGGUGACCUACAAACUGCUCGUGUCAUCAUGGAGAAGGCAGUCAAGGUGCCGUUCAAAUCAGUCGCCGAACUUGCGGACAUGUGGAUCGAAUGGGCUGAGAUGGAGCUCCGCAAUGACAACUUUAAUGAUGCUGUUCGCGUCAUGGCGAAGGCUGUACAGGCGCCGAAGCGCUCCACUGUGGACUAUUUCGAUGAGAAUUUAUCCCCGCAACAACGAGUUCACAAGAGCUGGAAACUAUGGAGCUUCUACGUUGACCUGGUUGAAAGUGUUAGCUCACUCGACGAAACUAAGAAAGUAUAUGAGCGCAUCUUUGAGCUCCGAAUUGCGACGCCGCAGACGGUCGUAAAUUAUGCCAGUCUUCUCGAGGAACACAAAUACUUUGAAGAAUCCUUCAAAAUUUAUGAGCGAGGCUUGGAUUUGUUCAGCUACCCUGUCGCGUUUGAGUUGUGGAAUUUAUACCUUGGCAAGGCAGUGGAUCGCCGCAUCAGCAUCGAACGCCUGAGGGACCUCUUCGAGCAAGCGAUCGAAGGUUGUCCCGCCAAAUUUGCAAAGGUCAUCUAUUUAAUGUAUGGGAAUCUGGAAGAGGAAAGAGGCCUUGCCCGACAUGCAAUGCGGAUCUACGAGCGAGCAACUCGUGCCGUUGCUGACGAAGACCGUGCCGACAUGUUCAAUUUUUACAUCACCAAAUCAGCAUCUAACUUCGGUCUACCUUCAACCCGUCCUAUCUACGAAAAGGCUAUAUCAACGCUUCCAGAUACUGAGGCGAGGGAUAUGUGUCUUAAAUUUGCUGACAUGGAGAAGCGUCUUGGAGAAAUCGAUCGAGCGCGUGCCAUCUAUGGUCAUGCAUCUCAGUUUUGUGACCCGAGAACCAAUCCCGAUUUUUGGUCGAAGUGGGAGGCAUUCGAAGUUCAACACGGAAAUGAAGACACGUUCAAAGAGAUGUUGCGUAUCAAGCGUAGCGUUCAGGCCCAGUAUAACACUGACGUCAAUUUUAUUGCUUCGCAGGCAAUUGCUCGUGGACAUGCGCAGGAGAUUCCCGGGGUAGAGGGGAUUGAUGAUGCGAUGGCAAUGUUGGAACGACAAGCCAAGGCGCCGGCCGGCUUCGUUGCCGCAAAACAUCACGGUGUCGUGAAUCAGAACUUGAGCACUACGACGCAAAACUCAGCCAACCCUGAUGUCCUCGACAUCGAUGAUAUUGACGAUUAG